AUGGAACGCCGCCGAGCUCCGUUGUCUCCGCCUCGCUCGCCCGAGACGGACCCAGACCUAGACCUGCAGCUAGACCAAGACCUCGACGACGCCGAGUUCGAUCGCCUUGUAGCCUCCCGCACGCCGCCCAAAGCCUCCAAACGCAUGAGACUUCUGCAAAAACCACAGAAGGCGGCGGCGCUGCAAAUGAUGGCGAAUGCGCGACGCAAUUGCGCAACAGUCUUUCUCAAAGUGUGCAGUGCGUGGAUACUCUUUGGUCUUUUGUGGAUCCGCUGGCCAAUUUACGACCGCGACGUGUUUCCAUCCCUGGAAGCCAGAAUCGGUGACAAACUGGACGUGGAGCCUUUCGUGGUUUCUGCUGCAUUAGUGUUGCCAUUCCUUUUGGCAGGGGCGAUUUUCUAUUGGAAGCACGACUCUGUCGGUUCAUUGGCCAACUGGGGCCAGCAACUGAAGGUGGUGCAGUGGGUGAAGUCUCGGCCAAGCAUCGGCAAACGUUUCGGGUUCGAUGCAGUCGACGUGGUGCUAAUCAGUGGUUUCCUGCUGCUGCAACUUAACCUCGUGGUGGGGAAAUUGCUGAUCGACAAGGAGAACGGCAAACUGGCAAAAUCGGGCAUUUUAGUCCGGACAGCUCGCGCCUUUGGCAUGAACGGACUGUACGCGAUGGUAUUGUCUGUGGUUUUAGUGGCUAGACAAUCAUUUUUGCACAAGUUUUUCGGAUUAUCAGGCGAGCGGGCCGCGCGGUAUCAUGUUUUGUGCGGUCAGUUUGGGUUCAUCAUGCUGAUGUUGCAUGGCGUGUUGUACACUUUGGUAUGGUACACUCAAGGCAAAGUGGAACAAAUGUUGGUCCCGUGUUUGGCUGAGAGUUGUACGCCGAAACAACGCUACGGAUCUACACGUAACUUUUUCGGUACAGUGGCAAUGUUACCGCUAUUGAUUGUUGCAGCGUCAUCGAUGGAGUGGGUCCGUCGUCGGUUUUUCCGACGUUUCAUUACGUUGCAUUGCUUGAGUGCAGGUUUCGUUGUUUUUACGGCUUUACAUUACUACGCCGCGUCGUUUUGGCUGGUACCGGCCACGAUUUUGUAUGGAAUUUACCGUACCGUUUCAGCUUUUGGACGUGGGAAAGCAAACGUCAUGUCGGCAACCGCAAUGAGCAAUAAAGUUUUCCAGUUGGAACUGCGACGAUCUACUGCAACCGGAUCGGACUUUUUACCGGGUCAGUAUGUGUACAUUAAAGUGGACACAAUAGGGAAGGAGUGGCAUCCGUUUACUAUCAGCUCCAGUCCACUACAAAAUCGUCACUCGUUCGUUCUGGACGCCAAAGUGCAAGGACCGUUCACGUCUCAAGUGUUGACUUUGAUGAAGGCACAUCAGCUUCAGACUGUCCACGUGGACGGAUACUAUGGAUCGGAGAUUGAGGUGGCUCCACACAUGGUGUUCGUGGCAGGAGGGAGUGGCAUGACGCCGUUCUUAAGUAUUCUAGAUCACUUGAAGGCUCUGGCCGAUAUGGAGGACCGUGACGAGAUGACGGGGGAUUCCGAGUUGCCACGCACACUGUGGAUUAUCUGGACGUGUCGCGACGUGGAGUUCCUGGAGGCACAUGCAGAGCUACUCGAUGCAAUAAAUCGUUGCUCGCAAUGGAAAUGUAAGAUCUGGCUGCAUCAUACGCAUUCUGGCGGAGAAAGUGGCUUUGACGAAGACGAUGAUACCCAAACCGAGCCCGAUGAUCUCUCGGAGGACUCGUCGCCUCGUGCUCAGCGCUUCUAUCCACCCUCAUUGGAGCGUCAUGCCUUCUCUGGUCACAACUACAUGCAGGGACUACCGUUGUUUAUUGGCACGGCACUAGGCUGUGUACUGAUGAUGAUGUGGGUUUGGAGGUUGGAAGAUUUUACGGCCAAGUCAUUUGUACGACGCACGCUGUUGCCGUGUGCGGGUGCGUUUGGUGCUGUGGCUGGCGCAAGCGCUGUGUUGUAUUUGCUGAAGCGAUGGAACGACCGUAAGAACGGCGAUGGAGCUAUGGGUGUCGCAAUGGGAGAGAUGGAAGUCGAGGGAUUGGAUGUUACCAGUCCUGCGGCACCUGCUACGCCACGUUCGAUGCCCACGCCGGCACAAUCUGUGCUCGGUCGAAACUUCCUCAUAGAAAAGGAACGUCCGGAUUUGAGCUCAAGACUGCGGGACGUGCAUAGUGAGAUUCGCGAGAGCUACGGCAUGAAGGCGGAUGUGGCAUUACUUGUGAGUGGACCGGCGAAUCUGCAAGCUGACACACUUCUGCUAGCGCAUGAGCUUCACAAGCCUACUUUCAAAGUACUCCAGAAGUCCUUCGUUUUGUAA